AAAGAACCAUUUACACGAGAAACUGGGAAGUGAUUUGUUGGAAAGGCAGUCUGUUAAGGUUAAGGGACUGCCCGAUGAUUGACUAACGCAAACCAAUUUUGUAAUCUGAGCUGACUGGUCUUCCAAAUUUCGAGGCGUGCCAUAGAGUCGGUCACUGUUUCAUUCAUUUCUAGUUUUUCUAUACUUAGUCUGAUAUUCCACUUGCGUCUUAACUCUGUCCCCGUUCAAAUGCAAUGAAAAUGCAUUUUCAUCCUUCAACUACAUCAAAACCUUUCAGUAACUGCAUAACUGCUUUUUUGGUUUCAUUUGGAAGCCGCAGAAAAACCAAAACAGAAGAAAUCUGUGAAGCACGAGAAGAACAAGGCCGACUACACUGCUUUGGAUGUACCAAUUCUGGACACGCGAACGGUGUUCGUUUUGCAGGCGAAAAUUGGUGACGAGUUCUGGACUUUGAAGCAGAAUGUGGUGGUACGUAGAUUCCUUUACACUGGUCUUUAGGAUGGAUGCAUACAGUUGGUGACUGUGUCAAAUGGUGCCAAAAUUUAAUCAGUCGAAAUGUUAGAAAAGUUUUCACAAUUAUUUAAACAAAUUCCCAACGACUUUCUGUCGUUACGAUGCAAGAGUAAGUAAAAUAUAGACACUUUUAACGUAGACAGUACGUUGGUAGUUUAAGGAGAAUACUGACAGAGGUUCUCAAUAACUUUUCAAAGAGCUGUCACGACUUCGUGUGAAUCCGAUGGAGGAGUAAAUAAUCCAGUUUCUCCAUCACCGGUGUUUGAAUAGACACGUUCCCAUAUGUCUAGUGUUAAUAAGGGCAAGAAUAUGGUUGAUUUUUGUCCAUGGUAUCAAAGUUGUGUAGGCAUACCGGAAAAGUUGUUUAUUGUCUACUCCACUCUUCUGAUCUGUACAUAAUUCAGGACACACUCGUUCUUCCCACUGCAUUUACACACGAUCUUUCUAAUAUUACUUGCGAGUAUAUUUACUUUUCCCUAAUUGUAUUCUCAAAAUUUUAAUACCUUUUCCUCAGAAAUAUCUGUAGGUGGGAAUGGGGCUACAGGGGAUCUCGCUCACUGGAAACUAAGGCUUCGCUAAAGAGACCCUUGACACGUUCGCCAGAUGUGUCCUCUGAGGAGAUCACAGUAGACGCUGACUAAAUCUGUGGCAGAACUUUGCAGGGAUUGGAAUUUUCUGGUAUCCCAGAAAGCUUGCCGUUGAGAGCCCAAUAGGGGAUACGCUAACAGAGGGCGAAACAAACGUUCUGAAAUAAUCUGCUAUGAAGACUCUUGGAUCUCACCGGACAGAUGUGCGUUACAAGGCCCACUUCACUCCAACUAAUGCUGCUGCUUAGAUGAGGGAUGUUCGCCUGGGAAAUAGAAAGUCAACAUAUUAUUUAAUUAGUCGACUGUUCAGUAGGAGGUCAAAACGCGUUUUUUAGUAUGUGCUGCUGGACAUACUUUUAUAAUUUCUUCAGUUUCGUCUAGUUUGCUUGUUCUGUCUUUUGGAUAAGCUUGUAUGGCCGUUUCAUGAACGAAUACGGUCGUACUUGCAAGAAGGAGAAUGCACACAGGCGAUUUUUUCUUCUAAAAACCAUUUGAACUAAUUAUUUGUUGCCAGAUAUAAACAAGCUUGACUGUCUAGAUAAACACUCGUUUACAGCAGCCACCGUCGAUUGGGAAAAACCAGUUUGUGGACGCAUUUUGAUCCAGAUCGCAACUCUGAACUAACCGAUUGUCAUCCAUUUGAUGAACUAAUGACUAUUUUAUUAAAUAUAUCUUCAUCUGAAGUUAGGAAAUACCCUGUUGAAGGCAUUAUGAGGGGACAUUUUUCUUUUCAGUUUGUUCAACCCCUGAUCCACUACCUGGAAUGGCCACCGCAGGUGUUGAAGGAAGCUCGCAUGGCGGGUCGUUACAGCGAAUACAAGGAGCCUCGAAAACCUGAGGCUCCUCUGCCGACAGAGGCUGCAAAUUCCCCAGCCAAUAAAGCUGCCGGUGGCAAAAGUCGAAAGUCGGCUGCAAAGGCGCCGGCUGAACCGGCACCUGAGAUCCUGCCGGCCGUCGAAGUUGCCCGAAGGACAGAGAUGCUGGCUGGUGGAAUCUGCUUCGAGGCGGACGAGUUUAACGACUUUUUUGCAAUUGUGAUCGCCACACCCUCAGAGGCAGUCGAGUUCGAUCGAGAGGGCGGUCUGUUGCGUUCCCCUCUUCUCCACCCACUGCUUAGUGUCCGCAUUCCUAAACUCAGUACGACUGAAACGAGAUCCUCCACCUUUAAGGUGAGCGGACAUCCCGUCGGUUCCUUUUGUAUGGACAAAUUUACCAACGAGACUGAAAUUCGAAGUUAGGUAGUUGAUAAAACAGGCUCACGGUUCUGAAAAAUUAUAAAAAAUUGAAAGAUCAUUAAAAAAGUGCCAGAGAAAGCACGGCUGUUUCAAAACUGAGUCCAAAAUAAAUAAAGUCCGAAAAGAUAGCUAAAUCGCAGCGGUUAGACCAUUUCUGGAGAAACCGGAAAAAUCUCUGCUUUCCUCUAUGCUUGCUGGUAUCUAAGUACUCUUAGUAAAUCCAUAGCCUAAUUGAGGCGAAUGCCUGCAUUCCAGGUGUAUUUAUGAGUAAGGAAGAAUAGGCUGUUCGAUGGCCGGAACCAUUUCUUUAGUUGCCCGAGCCUUCGAACUCCUACAAUAACCAUCCGGUGACUCGCAAACGAAACUGUGAAAGAACACUCUUCAAACGAAUUCAGACUCACUGCAGCAGCCCGGAAGAAACAGCAUGUGAGGCCCGAAAUCCUCUCGGCCAGGUUAUGCAGAACGACCAUCCGAAUGUGUUUAUAAGUUGAGGUCUACGUGUUCGUCCGCCGAGGAACUGUCCAGAGACAGCACUUGUGGCAUGGUAUGCUCCGCCAUAUAUCACGGACGACCGGGCGCAUUGUUGGGGGACGAGGUGUGAGAAUUGCACACAUGCGCAGCAGGUCGUAAAUAUCUUGGACGUCUUAAAUCCCAGUCAGCUUUUGGGUGUAGUGAAUCACAUCCCGUGCUUAAUCUGUCCUUGUAAUUACACAGGUCGAACUGAACGCAUGCUGGGAUCGCGCAUACAAGAACUUAGGCUGCUUGUGCGGCAGGGCGACAGAUUACCACAAAUGGCUGCCUACACCGACACAACGUGUCAGACACGAAUACAAUCGCCCAUGGCGAAAGUAAGAUAGGCUACGAAUUGAUUGAAGCCCGGACCUCAGAUGAGAACUCAGUUGAACAAUGUACCGAUUUGACACCGGCAUACAGAUCCCUGCGCAUUCACCCCCAGACUGGCGUCGCUGAUGUCUAAUUGGUCAAUACCUCCUCCAUCUGUUUUUUGUUCUUUUGCCGGUUUUAUUUCCGACGAUGGAUUACCGUAGGAGUUCGAAAGCUCAGACAAAUAAAAAAUGGUUCCGGCGACCUAUUCUUCCCUAUCUGAUAAUCUAAUUUGCGGAUGAAGGCUUUUGAGAAAACAAAUGGACCAGGAAUGAUUCUUUGUUUCUUUGGUUCUGGCCCUCUUACUUAACCUAUAUGCUACUAAGUCAGCGGUGUUGGUUCUACUCAGGGCACAAACAUAGGUGGACAUCUUAGACAUCUAAAAACAGUCUUUUCUUUGGGUCAGAGAGCGGCCUGGCUAAUAUUGAAAAUACUAGCUAACGACUCAUGCCGCAGUCCUGUGGCUUCUAAUUUUCCUAUCCGCUCAAAGUCAACUUCCGAUAGCAACUGUUCCGACAUCUUUGCUACAAGGCAUGGCAGAGGAAAGUGGUAGCAUGUAGUUCGCGGUCUAUAUAUACGUGUUUACGCCUACUAGUUCCCCGUGUAGUAAAACAAAUGCUGCCGAGCAAGCUUAUUACGGUGUUUAGCGAUAUAAAACGUCCCAGUUUUGCCAAGUAGAAUUUGUAAAGAGCAAAUUGCUUUUUGAGUCAUGAGAAUAAUGCUUUUUCACAUACUUGUCUUGAUCGAAGUUUCAUUAAAAAAUCCCAAUUUCCAUUUCCAGAGUGGGCUUCCUUGAUAUUUUUUAGUUAUAUGAUAAUUCCUUUAUAACGCAACUUUUGCAAAUAAGAGGCUUAAAUAGGGGAUACUUAUCAGAAUAGGAAAUUACUUGGAUAUACGGAGACGUCAAAAUUUGUCUAAUCUUUGUCUGUUUCACCUCGAUAAAAAUAAACUAACACGACCUCUUCUUUAGGAAAGGGCUUUUUGGGAUUCCAGUCAAUUCUAAAAACAAAAAUAACCACACCAAAUAUAUGCCGUCCCACCAACUCAAAAACCGAUCUUGACAUUUCAUGGGUUAGGUCAUCUACUGUAAGCUAACCAAAUUUAGAACCAGUGGUUCCCUCCCAAAUCUUCUGAACCGACACCUUCGUGCAAAUGAGCGUGUGCAGCCUUGAUCCCUUCUAAAAGUCUGAUAAGUAAAAUUUCCAAUUUGACAAAGCCUAACCAAAAGAAGGCGCUACCAUUACGCACUUAGUGAGCUUUCGAUAGCUUCGGUAGCAGCUUAGAAAGUUAACCUGCGACGGGUACAAAGGCUGAGAUAAAUAAACAAAAACACCAGCACUGACAGAACUUUGAUGGUAAGAUCAUUUUCCGGUAAGUGAACACAUCUUCUUAUAAUGAUUGCGUCUAUUAGUAGGUCGUGAAGUACAGGGACUGCAGUAUUUAUACGAUACGCUUUCUAUUCUCCUGCACGCCUGUGGAUUAACAGUCUACGCUCAAGACGCCGAUUCUGGGCUUCCAUCGUCGGUGCUCGUACAGAGCAUGAUAACUGUUUAGUCAGUCACGCCGGAGUGGUUAGUUGCGGCGUGUGACAUGAAUCGACAACUUAGGGAUUCUUUGUUUUUUAACCUUUUGACUGCUCAUAUGCAUGUAUAUAUCUCAUAUCCCACGACUUUGUUGCCAAGCGAAAAUCGCUCACGCAACUGGUGCUUAAGUACAGUAGAUGUGCUACCUCAUGAAAUGUUAACCGAAAUGCCGCAAGGCGUUUUCGACUCGAAAAGAUUACUUAAGUAGGGCUGUUAUAUUAGUCAUCUUACAGCAUAAUCCAGUAGUAAUUCAGUUACUGCAGGAUGCCGGCUUUCGAACGAAUUCCUAUCAGGCUGCAUACAAAAACCGUACUCUGUAAAAAUGACUACUUAAUUUGCAUGCAUUCUUCUAAUUUAUUUUCGAUAUUCUUAAAAAUUCAAUUAUAUUUAAUGGAAAACAUGCGUAUGGAUAUUCACUCUUUUGCUCAUUUGGUAGAAAGUUACGUUUUCAUUAGAUUUAACGCUUGAAGGAAGGGUAUAAUUCGGUUUUUAAAAACUUUUCUAAUUCCUGAAUACUUUUGAAUCCGACCUGACGUUGCAUUUGCAUUCGGGGUUUCCAAACUACGGGUUGUAUAUUUUCCGUGUAUGGGAAACCAUACGUUCCUUUAGGAUAUUAAAAGGAGACCAUUUGGGGUUCGUAAAAUUUAGCAAUGGAUUCUACCUAUACUGUAUACUUUUCAAGCAGCAGUAGUAAAUGCAGGUACACGAAGUUAUAUUAACGGGAAUUUCACGAUCUUAAAAAUCUCAUAAUUAGAAACAUUUAAAAAACCGAAUUAUACCCUUCCUUCAAGCGUUAAAUCUAAGGAAAACGUAACGUUCUACCAAAUGAGCAAAAGAGUGAAUAUCCAUAUGCAUGUUUUCCAUGAAAUACAAUUGAAUUUUUAGGAAUAUCGAAGAUAAAUUAGAAGAAUACAUGCUAAUUAAGUAGUCAUUUUUACAGAGUACGGUUUCUGUAUGCAGCCUGAUAGGAGUUCGUUCGAAAGCCGGCAUCCUGCAGUAACUGAAUUGCUAUGGGACUAUGCUGCAAGAUGACCAAUAUAACAGCCCUAAUCAAGUGAUAUUUUCGAGCCGAAAACGCCUUGCGGCAUUUCGGUUAAUAUUUAUUGAGUUAGCACAUCUACUGUAAUACCCACCGUUUGCGGGAGCACCUUACUUUUUUAGAUAUAGCGGCUGCGUAUCAAAAUAUUCGGCUCAUAUGCUGUUUAAGGUUAUCGACGUCCGUCCGGACAUGAUGCCCUCAAUACACAACUUCGAUCCUCAAUUAACCGAUAUCAACGAAUGUUCUCCCAUAUACGAGAUGGAUUUGGGCCUAAAGCCCUUUGAGAGGCCGGUUUAUCUACAGCUGCCUCUACCCACCUGGUACAUGAACUUGAUCGAUAAGAUGCUCAACCCUCCUGAGUCAGAAUCUCACAGCACCCCCGAAGAAACGGCGACCCACAGGGAUGGUGCCUUGCCCACAGCGAUGGAGGACGGGGAGAAGGCGGAACAACAACUCAGAGACGAGAAUGCUAACAACGUCAUACCCCUGGAAAAACGGCCCAAAAACCUCCUUCUCUUAUACCAGGUAGUAUUUGUCGUAUUCAGUACAUUCUGA